AUGGUCCAUCUUGCUUCCAUUCCAGUGGUUAAUGGAGAUAAACCUCAAAGCGGGGGCACGCUGAAGAUUCCGAGGCCGCGAUCUCCACUUUACCUGUCUAACCAUUCCGACUGCUAUACCACGAGCGUCUAUGGCUCACGUUUCGCGGCCGAGCCCCUCCCGAAGCUGGAGAUGCCCGAGGGAGAGAUGCCUCGGGAUGUGGCCUAUCGUUUGAUCAAGGACGAGCUGAGCUUGGAUGGAAACCCGAUUCUCAAUCUGGCUUCGUUCGUCACCACCUACAUGGAGGAAGAAGCCGAGAAGCUUAUGACUGAGUCCUUCUCCAAGAACUUCAUCGACUACGAGGAAUAUCCCCAGAGUGCCGAUAUUCAAAAUCGAUGCGUGUCCAUGAUUGGCCGUCUUUUCAAUGCCCCCUCUGCACCUAACCAUGUCGGUGCCAUCGGAACAUCGUGCGUUGGUUCUUCCGAGGCCAUCAUGCUUGCCGUCUUGGCCAUGAAGAAAUGCUGGAAGAAUAAACGCGUUGCCAAGGGUCUCCCGUGUGAUAAGCCGAAUAUUAUCAUGUCCUCCGCCGUCCAGGUCUGCUGGGAAAAGGCAGCGCGCUAUUUCGAGGUCGAGGAGAAACUUGUAUACUGUGCUCCUGAUCGAUAUGUUAUUGAUCCCCAGCAGGCUGCGGAUCUGGUCGAUGAGAAUACCAUUGGCAUCUGUCUCAUUAUGGGGACUACGUACACGGGCGAAUACGAAGAUGUAAAGGCUGUCAACGAGAUCUUGAUCGAGAGGAACCUGGACGUGCCAAUCCAUGUUGACGCAGCUAGCGGCGGUUUCGUUGCGCCUUUCAUAUCGCCCGAACUUGAGUGGGACUUUAGGUGUGAGAAGGUUGUAUCGAUCAACGUAUCGGGCCACAAGUACGGCCUUGUCUAUCCUGGUGUUGGUUGGGUUUUGUGGCGUUCGCCCGAGUACCUCCCGCAGGAACUCGUCUUCAACAUCAACUACCUCGGCGCCGACCAGGCUUCCUUCACACUCAACUUCUCCAAGGGUGCAUCUCAAGUUAUUGGUCAAUAUUAUCAACUGAUCCGCCUGGGAAAGAAGGGUUAUCACGCCAUCAUGUCCAACCUGACAAGAGUUGCCGACUACUUGACCGAGAGCCUUCGCCAGAGUGGCUUCAUCAUCAUGAGCAAGCCCGCUGGUGAGGGUCUUCCUCUCGUUGCUUUCCGUUUCGCCAAGGACGAGAACCGCGAGUAUGACGAAUUCGCGCUGGCCCAUCAAUUGCGGGCCAGGGGAUGGGUUGUACCUGCCUACACCAUGGCCCCUCAUACGAAUCGUAUGAAGAUGCUCAGGGUUGUCGUGAGGGAGGACUUCUCCAAGAGUCGCUGUGACAAUUUGAUUGCCGACAUCAAGCAGUCGGUCGAGUUCCUUAACCAGAUGGACCGCGAGAGCGUCAAACGACACGAGGCUUAUAUUUUGAAGCAUCAUACUGCUAGUGGCCGGUCUACGCAUAGCCCCACGAUCUACACGAAGGAGGACCACUCGUUGCAGGCCAAGACUGGAAAGACGCAUGCCAUCUGCUAG